AUGCUGCAGAUUCUCCUACUUCUGCUUCUUGGCCCUCUGCCAGCUAUUCUGGCCAAAGGAUGCCAACCUAUCACUAUUCCAUUAUGUAAAGGUGUUGGAUAUAAUAUGACAUCGUUUCCAAAUAGUUAUGGCCAUGAAAAGCAGGAAGAAGCUGGCCUGGAAGUACAUCAAUUCUUCCCCUUGGUUGAGUAUGGCUGUUAUGAGCACCUUCGCUUCUUCCUCUGCACUCUCUACACUCCUAUAUGUCAAGAGAAUUAUGACAGGCCUAUUUUGCCUUGUAUGGAGCUCUGCUUAGAAGCGAAGAAGCGAUGCAGCCCGAUUAUGCAACAGUGA